AUGGAAAAGAAAAAGUAUAGUGCAACAUCCUCUACAUUUAAGGAAAAGUUUAGCACUAGUAAAUCUUAUUUAGAUUUGAGCAACAAUAGUAAAGUUAAUUAUAACAAGCAAAAAUCAAUUAAUAAUACAAAUGAAAUAUGUGAAUUCUUUACUAGUAUAACGAAUAAUCAAAAAGAUAUAAGCAAAAAAUAUGAACAACUAUUUUCUCUAAUCAAAAAGUUCGGAAAGGAAAUAAAGUAUUUGCUAAACAAAAAUGAUGAACAUAACAAUAUUCUAUCUGACACGAAAGAAUGUAUUAAAAAAAUAAAAGCAAAAUUAGGUGAUUCUUCUUACAGUGAUUUUGAAAAUAUCGAAAUAGAAUUACUUGAAGAUAGAAAUAAUAUUGAUGUUUUAGGAAGAAUAAUAACUUAUCUACUGGAAGAAGUUGGAUACUACAACAAAAAUUCUUAUGAAUGUAACAAAAAGAUAGAAGAUUUAAAAAAGUAUGUAGGUAAUAAGGAUGAUUAUACAAAACUGGAAAGAAAACUAACCUUAAAAAGUGAAGAACUAAAAAAGGAAAUGGUAGAUAAUAUGAGUUCUCUUAGAGAAAAUCAAGAUUUAAAAGUAAAAAUAAAAGAAGACAGAAAUAUUUAUAGAAAAGAUAUACAAAAUAUGCAUCAAAAACUCCUUUAUGUUAUCUUAAAAUUUCUGUUGCGCGAUAAAAAAUAUAAAACACAAAAACAAUGUUUUGUUAUAUGGUUAAAUAUUAUUAAAAAUAAAAAAGAAGCAAGGAAUAAAAUAGUAUUUUGUUUUUGUAAAAAGCAGAAUUAUUUAUUAUCCUUUUGUUUAAGAAAAUUAAGGAGUAACUGUUCUGAAAAAUAUCUGAUAGAUAAAAUAACGUCCUUCAUAGGUAUGAAUACGUAUGGUAAUAAAAGUAAUAAUGAAAAUAAUAACAACAAUAGAAAUAACAAUAGCAUUAAUAAUAUGAGUGCAACAGAACACAGCUACAUUAUACACGACAUGCAAAAUGAUAAAAAAAAUAGUGAGUUUUCUAAUUUUGUAAACAGCAAAAAAAUGAAAAAUAGUGAUUUAUCUUCCACAAAUUAUGACCUUGUUAAUAAUAAAUUGAAAAAAAGAAGUGAAUCAACACUUUUUUAUGAAAAAAAUAAUAGUUCCAUUAGAAGAGGUGACAUGUUAAAUAUGUAUGAUGCCUCAGAAGACAGUACAUCAAGAAAAAGAGAUACAACAAAAUAUUAUAACGAUGGUGAUACUAGGAAUAAUGGAAAUAAUGUGUAUGAUAAAAAUGUGUACGAUAAAAAUGGGUACGAUAAAAAUGUGUACGAUAAAAAUGGGUACGAUAAAAAUGAGUACGAUAAAAAUGGGUACGAUAAAAAUGAGUUCGACAAAAAUGAGUACGAUAAAAAUGAGUACGAUAAAAAUAUAUACGAUAAAAAUGAGUACGAUAAAAAUGAGUACGAUAAAAAUUUGUACGAUAGAAAUACGUACGAUAGAAAUACGUACGAUAAAAAUACGUACGAUAAAAAUAUGCACGGUCAAAAUAAUGCCUAUGAUAAAAGUAAUUCUUUAUAUGAUUACUGCGGUAGUAGAGAACCAAAUGAUAAUGUAGAAAAGGUGUAUGACAAAUUUCUUCACAAAAUGAAAGAGAAAGCUGACAAAAAAAAUGUAGAUAUAUUACAUCAAACAUUGAAAAAAUUAAAUACUAAAAUUAAUGACAUUCGGAACACACUAGAAAAGCAAAAGAAGAUAAACGAGGAGUUGUGUAAAAACAUACCUACGAAAAAAGUUUCUUCAAAUUACAAAAAUACCGCAGAUACCAAAUUAAGCGAUACAGAUUAUAAUAAUUCAAUUGAAAGAAAUGAUUCAUUAAGCCUUUUUUCGGAAAAAACAUUAAGUGAGUACUUAAUGAAUAGAAACACAUCAAGAAAUGUAAGUAGGAAUAAUAGUUUAAACAAAGGAAAUGAAAUAAAAAAAACAAGAGAAGAUUUUAAAAGAACGAAUGAGUAUGAUAAUCGGAAAAAAAAAUCAGACAUUAUAUCACAAAAAAAAUCUUCUAAUAAUAACGAUGAAAAAUGGAACUUAAGUAAUAAUAAAUACUCCAAAUAUAAUUCAAUGGAUACAUUUAGUGUUGACAGUAAUUAUCUAUAUCUAAAAGAUAUCAAAAACAAGGUUCCUAAUAAUAAAUACAUAAAAAAAAAUGACAGCAACGAAAGCAGAUAUGUGCCCAAUGAAACCACUGCUGCCAAUUCUUCCAUUACUUCUAAUACUGCCAAUUCUUUUAAACCCGUAAAUACUGCUAACGCUGCAAACGCUACGAGGAAUGGAAGUAACAGGAGGAAGGACUUCAUAGAAAAUAGUAACGAUAGCUCAUCUCCAUCAGAUAUUAAACUUGUUUUGAGGACUGGUGGGGGGUUCAGAAAAUUGAGCGAGCAUGACCAAAAAAAUUAUAUGGAAAAAUUAAAUUACUUGAACGAUAAUAAUUUGUUAGGUUAUGAAACAAAUUUGAACAUUAAAAUAAAAGGGCACCCCUUUAUACAUAAUAUACCAAACAAUAAUCGAAAUGUGCAUAAGAAGGAAAAAAGACAUAGAUCUCUUUCUAAGUUCUAUAAUAUGCAUUAA